UUAACUAUCUUUACCAUUUUCUAAUUGUACUGACCGGGCGUGUUGAAAGCUUUCUCCCCUCUCCUGUAAUACUGCUAUGGGUGGAUAUUUCUCUUCCAAGAGAGGUAAAGGGGACGGUGAAGAUGAGACUGAUUCCAAAAGACAGAAAAUGAACGGCAGAGACAUCGGGAUACUGAAAUCCAAAGAGUAUCAGAUAGUGUAUGGUGUUGAACCUGUGGCUGUACAUGAUCUCCCUGCUCAUGUCAGGUCCAUGUUCCUGCUCAAGAGAACAGGCUCAAUGUUCUUUGACGAAGAUGGUGAUCUAGCGCACGAGUUUUAUGUUGAGGAGAGACGACAAAACAAGUCAAAGGUCAGAUGGACGAUGAAACGAGUACUGAGAAAGUUGAGACCAGAGGGAGAUGUUGUGCUACCUGUACCGAGGCUCAGAAACAGUGUACCUAUUGUACUAUUGGACUCAAAUGCCCUCAUAGUGCCUAGAUGAGAACACCCUCAUACCACGUCACGUGUGUGUCUUUGUUUUGAAUACCAUACCACUUUCGAUCAUGAAUAAUUAUUAAUUAACAAUGUCAAUCAUCAUUAUACUGCAAAAUUGAUCGCAAUCUCUCA